CUUAUUUCUUGGUUAAAAUGUCAACUUGCUUUAACCCUUCUCUACCAAAAAGGAUGAGUACCUUACUUACAUUGCUCAGAAAGAAGAAGCCCUCUGGAUUCCCAGUGGGCUUACCUAGAAGAACAAGUAGAGCCAGUCAAGGGAGAUGCCAUAAAUACAAAGAUGUGAGCCUAAGAUAUCUAAAUGGGUCAAAGCGGCUCAAAUCUAAGAGAUCCAUAGUUAUCAGAGACAACAGAGAAACGGAGACUACUUCGACUACCGACACGAAUGAGUUCAAAAGUGUGAGAAACCUGAGGAGCUAUGCAAUAGCUACAGAGGUACGGAACCCGUACAAAAACUGUUAUGAACCAAAAGUUUCCCCGAAGAGAGGCAAGUUCUCGAGGAACAAGUCUCUUAGGAGAUAUUUUCCUACCCAAAGAACUUCGUGUGACCAGGACCCAGUGCAUGAUUUGGAGAAACUUAUACAAGAGGAUGAAGAUAAAGCCCUACAAAGGAAGCUAAAGAAUAUCUCUGGGCUCCAUGCCAGGUCUCAGUCUUGUCUCCCUAAGAUUGGAAGGAAGAAAGACUACCAUCUGUUUAGAAACUUUAUGGAAAAUUAUUAUGACCGCUUGGCAACGGUUAUUAACAAAGUUGAUCAGAGCGGCAAUUUUCGGAAAAAUCUCAAGGCCUUUGUUUCUGAUAGUGCUAAAAAGUCUCGCUCAAAAGACCUAACUGAAGAGACUAUUAAUGCGAAGAAUCAUAAAAACUUAAAAAUUUUAGUACGUAAACUGAACGGAAAAGCAUCAAAGAGUCCUUUAAAAUCGAGAAAUACUAUUCAAUCUGAUUUUGGUUCUCAAGAUGUCCAGCCAAUAGUUGAGCAAGGAUCAUUAUUUGAUGAUCCUUAUAUGGCUUCUAAGGAAACUGAUAACAAUAGCCAUCAAAGGCUAAAAUAAAGUAUAUGUAUCGCCCUCAAUUUUUCAUUCCUCUCCAAAUAAAGAACCAAAUCUUGCCCGUAAUACAAUUGAUCUAUAACUCAACCACUCACAAGCAGGAAUAGACCUUCUAAAUUUUAGCGUAAAAUUCA